CCGUAUCUAUGAUUGAAGAAUCUACAAUGUGGAGUGUCUAUUUUGAUGAAACACUUCCGAAAGACUAUAGUUUUAUAGGGUUUUAUGAACACAGGAAGAGACAACCGGACUUUACUUUCUCUUUUCGAAAGGAGUCGCACAAAAUUAAAAAAGAUCUCGCUAGCCUAAUAAAGGAUGGUUCAGCUGAAAUGAAGAAUGUUGCUAGACAGUUGGACGAUAUUCAUAAGGCAAAGCUCUUCAACGUUGACAUGCUCUGGAAUCAAAUCGAGAGACGCCAUGCUGAGGCUGAGGCCUCUAGCUCAGUUAUACAAGAUACUACUGAAGUCUUCAAAAAUUCCAUUGCAAGUGUCAAUUCCUCCAUCAAGAACGUUAAUGACACAAUGAUCAAAUACAAUGAAGAACUUAAGGGUGAUAAGA